AUGCCAUCCGUGGUACUUCAUGUCACGUCGAAACGAAAGACGAUGAAACUACACGGGACAAGUGAGUUCAACAUUUACGCUACACCUGUUGUAUCCGCUAAUGGCACAAGUGUUCUCUAUAACAGCUACGCAACAUUUGUUGAAAAAGGCUCGGAAUUUACCUAUACCCUUGUUGACGGCGUCGCUUACCUAACGACCAAGGACGCUAGUAAUGUCAUGACAGUUCGUUGUGUAUCGCCAAGUGCACUGCCAUUUCACAAGAUCCUGCCGGCUCUUAAUGAUGUUACUCCGAUUGCAAGCGCCUCAAUUGGCAACGAUUUAGUGGAGUGUGCAAGUGGAAGCCUGUUCAACAUGUCGUUUCUCGGUGUUCAAUAUGCCAUUUGUGGGUUGGGUGAAGCUGGUUUCACUGCAUCCAGUAGUAACUUGCACAUUUCUGUGAAAUAUCUCGAUCGACCAGUCAGCAUACCAAAACCUCAGCUAACCGAUCGAUUUGAUGCAUGUGAGCCUAUCGAAAUGGCCACAUUCAUGACGCCUACAGCUUUCGCCUUGAUCACUGGAGGCGAAAUUCCGUCAAGUGUUUCCCGAAGGUUGAAGGAUUUACGGGAUUUACUCAAUGGAAUUUUACCUGAUGAGUAUCACAUGGGCAUGCAAGCGACGGAUUGUACGCCCAAGUCCACACCACGUCCUUGUAUUUUAUUUCAUGGUUCGGGGAAUUCGAAAGAAGAAGAUGAAUUGCAGGACACACCUGUACUUAUCCCGGACAAACUCGGAGACAUACAUGGCCACGCUCCCUUUUGCUCCUCGAUCAAAUAUGCUGUACUCAACACAUUCGACGUCGGGUGGAGGAACGCUACAUUGCAACAGAAGUACUGUAAUUAUGCGCUCUCGAUGAGUAAAACAAGCAACGAAGACACCGGAACAAUUGAAGACACGAUUAUUGUGACGCACUCGAUGGGCGGACUCGUGAUGGCCGGCGCACUUGCCAAUGGAAGAUGCAAAUUAUCAUCGACGACAUCGUGGGUAUCCCUCAGUUCCCCGCUGGCUGGUAGCAUGGCAUCGGAUUAUCUCGCGGAUGCCUGCGAUACUAAAGUCGAAGUUGCUGAGAAGCUAUUCAAGAUAAUUGGCCAGUGUCCGAUAAUGCCGGGGCACGCGUCAAUUUUUCGCCAAGGUGGGAAGCACAUGAAUCCGUCCUUUGACCGGGACUAUACAGCAGCCAAAAAAGCAUAUCGCCUCAAUGUGGAUGCUGUAAUAUGCAGCGACAGUUUUCUGGGUAUCUUUUCAAAGUACCAGGAAGCUCUUGGUCUUGCAGGCACCAUUAUAAAUCACAAAUCGAAGAAAAACGAUGGAUUUGUAGAGUUUCAGAGCUGUUUGGGCGGUCUUGACGAAAGCAAAUUCGGCAGAAGUUACAUGGAUACAUUCUACAGAGCGGAGUUGAAUCACGCCGACACAGCAUUCCUGACUGGUGAUGGUUUUUUUAAAGACUCUCAAAAGCCGAUCAAGUGGUUUGAAUGUCUACCGUUAUAG